AUGGUACGUCUGCUGGUCCUUUCAUAGCACCUCAGCGCCAAGCUGAUCAACCCAUCCAACCGCGAUCACAAAGCGAAGGAGCCGCCCCUUGACCGCACACUCAUAAACUCUUGACUCUUGACUCGUAUCUGACCCUCUUCAAUUCACACCUGCUCUACGCCUGGCCCUGCCUUCGGCCACCCAUCGAAUCAGCGAGCUCGUCCCUUCUCGCAUGUGCGGAGAAUUUCUUGUGCCAUCCACACGCAAAUCCACCCCGCUCGACCGCUCUUCAUCGAGGUUCAAUCAUUGCCACAGCAGCAAGCCAUGUCAAUCAACGCUGCAACGCUGCUAUCGUCCACGUCUCGUGCCGAGCCAGCACCUCUGGCAGAGUCUCAAGUAGGCUACGGUCUCGUCUCUUUCGCUUUGCCAUUUUCACUUUGUUGGUGAGUCCGUCAGAGUAAGAGAGCCUUCGCAUGCUCCACGAUCCUUGGCUAACGCCUGCUUGCUCAACCACCUUGUAAACUUUGGCGCGCCCACAGCUCUCGAUGCGAAGCUAGGCAUGCCAGGGGCCUCAAAUGCGAUGCUACGCGUAGACAGUUGAGAGGAGCCGAGGGUCACCUGGUGUGGAGCUACUUGCUGAACCUGCCAUGUUGUCGCCAAGCUUGCGAGGUUCGGGGCGAUACAAGGGUGAGUGCGCUUCCUGUCUCGGCCUCGCAAUUUGACGUGGAACUGAUGAGCUCCACGGCCUCAUAGUACCUCACCUACACCGUCGUGUCCGGAGGCAGAGCGCUACAUGCAGUCGAUGAGGAAUCGGCGUUUCAAGAGCUUCGAGCAUUGACGGAACGUCGAGCGGCCGCAGAAGGUGCGCUAGAAGCGCAUCGACGUCGACAGCCCACGCUCCAUUCUGCUUGGUCCACCAUCUCCACCGAGGAAGAAGAUGGAGCGUCGACGAGCGAAGCAGCAUCCGAAAGAAGCGUCGCACCUCCCGCUUUUCGCACAGCACCUUCUUCAGAUGCGCUCUUGGCGCUCAGGACUAGACCCGGUCCGAGCUAUCAUUACGCGCCUUCUGACUCUGCUCGAUCCAGAUCACUCAGCUCUUUCGGAUCUUCUAGGACGCUGCUUGGAGGCAGAUUUAGCGCUAGACCGGAUACCUCAACUCGAGGAAUCGGAGAGUACCCAGGAGAAGCAUUGGCUACGCCCGAUGCGUCCACAAGAGCUCAAUUGAAAGCUCUGUAUGCGGAAGAGAGAUCUUGUAGAGCCAACAAAGGCGAAAAGAGUCUGGGAAGGGCACUUUCUGGCAGAAGAGGGUUUCAGGGAGCUCUCAAGGUCGGACGUGCGUUUGGAGCAAGGGAAGGUAUUGGAAUUGGAGGAUCGGACGGAAGAGGGGGCGGGACAGCUUCCAAGAUGGCUCCUCCCCCCGCCCCUCCUUUAGACGCUUUUGCACCUCGCACACCUUCACAAUUAGCACGUUCUUCGAGCAGGUCGACAUUUGCGAUGGAUGGUCGUAGGGGAAGAGGAGCAGAGACGAGUUCAAGACUGUUGGAAGAGAUGGGACGCGUGCCUGGAAGGAGAAUAGUGGCGGAUGAGCUGAGGAGGAACGAGGCUGCUGGCAGACUUGUGGGCAGGCUGGCUGGUAAAAGCAGGAAACAACUCGAUCCCUUCCAGGCGGAGAUGGACGAGAGCGUGGAAAAGGGACGCAGCGUACGCUCUGAAACUUCUUGA